AUGAAUGAUCAGGUGCUUCAAGACAUCGCCAUGAUGCUUAGUCAGGGCCGAAUCACGGGUCAGGACUGUGAUCAUAACGUUAUCCAUACGACCGUGGAUCCAACUAGCAUCACAGAGGAGCUGGAGGGUGAGGAUGGCUCCUCUACCGAUGGUGCAGAGGAUAAUCCGAAAAAGGGCCGAGGUGGUGCGAUUACCUGGCAUAAACGGAUGACAUUCGAUGACGAAGACUCAGCUGAAAUGUGGAUAGAGAAUAACACCUACGGUAUCAUGAGGGUUAAUUAUAGCAAAACCUAUGGAUAUAAGCGACAUUUUUACUGCACUGCUUGUGGCAAACCAGCUUCACACAGCGAAGAUUCUCGUUUAUCCAUCGAGGCUGGACAUCCUCCAGUAGGAGAGCAGAUAUACCUUCACUAUGAUAUGAGAUCUACUAAAGUCGUCCUAUACUCCAAUAAUGGCACGCAUGUCCAUCGGCAAACUCCGCGGAAUGGACUUAGUGAUACAGUGAAAGAGUUUAUUGAAAGAAAGGUACGGGAGGCUGUGGUUGAUCUUCCAACAAUAUGGGAUAAACUGCAGCGGCGGAUCUCAAAAGGAAAGAUAACAGCCGGCGAGAAGCCCGAAAACAAGCAACAAGUGAAGAACUAUCUUGGGAGAGUGAAGAAGGCCACGAACGGGGGAUCAAUGCAGACUACCAUGAAUGAUCUUAUAGCCAUGGCCCAGUCGAAUUCUGCUGUGCCCAACCAUCACGAACGCGACAAAGCUUUUGUG